ACCAUCUCAGUGGAUGGGAUCUUGACGACCACAGGUUACACGCAGGAGGACUACACCAUGUUGGGUUCCGAUGACUUCUUCUACAUCGGGGGGAGCCCGAGUACAGCAGACCUGCCUGGUUCACCCGUCAGCAACAACUUCAUGGGGUGCCUGAAGGACGUGGUUUACAAGAACAAUGACUUUAAGCUGGAGCUGUCACGCCUGGCCAAGGAGGGGGACUCCAAGAUGAAGGUGCACGGGGACCUGGUGUUCCGAUGUGAGAACGUGGCUGCCCUGGACCCAGUGACCUUUGAAGCCCCCGAAGCGUACAUCGCCCUCCCCAAGUGGAAUACCAAGAAGACGGGCUCGGUCUCCUUUGAUUUCUGUACCACGGAACCCAAUGGUCUGCUCCUGUUCAGCCACGGCAAGAGGCAACACCAGAAGGAGACGCGUGCCGAGCGGCUCCAGAAGGUGGAUUACUUUGCCAUGGAGCUGUUGGACGGGUUCCUGUUCCUGCUCCUGGACAUGGGCUCGGGGGCCAUCAAGAUCCGCGCCACCAACAAAAAGGUCAACGAUGGGGAGUGGUGCCAUGUCGACUUCCAGAGAGACGGCCGUUCAGAUGGUGAUUUUAUCAGAUCAGUAUAA